GAGCGGGUGGGGAAGCACCAACCAAGGCCAUGUCAUGGAGGUUCUGCUCAGGCAACCCUGCACUGCUUGCAGCCGACGCCAUGGAGGUAUCCAAACCUCAGAGGACUACAUGUUCUAUGCCAUCUCGGCGGAGUACCCUGAGUUCAGCAACAAGGAGAAGACACUCGUGCUGCAGUUCACGGUGAAGCAUGAGCAAAAGCUUGUCUGCGGUGGUGGUUACAUCAAGUUGCUCGGAGGUGAUGUUGACCAGAAGAAAUUUGGUCAUGUUAUAUUUAUUAGAAUAUACUGAGUACAUUCUGAACCCCCUAAUGUGACACAAGUUAUAUAUGCACAUGCUAUUGUUUAAGUGUUGCUUGUGUAUGGUAAAUGGGUUGAGCACCCACCGCUGUUUGAUGCUAUUGUGUUUAGGAUUAUAUUC